AUGCCUCCCUCACAUAACAGCAUCCUCGUCGUCACGGCUCUAGCCAACGUCGCAGCUGCCGUAAACAAUGGCCUUGCUAUUACACCGCCAAUGGGUUGGAACAACUGGAACGCUUUUGGAUGCGAUGUUUCCGAAAACCUGCUUCUCACAACCUCGGCCCAGAUCAUUGACUUGGGUCUGCGAGACCUGGGUUAUAACUAUGUUGUCUUAGAUGAUUGCUGGCAAAAUCCCAAGGGACGCGACAAGGAUGGAAAACUUCAACCAGCAUUGGACAAGUUUCCCAAUGGCUUAAAGUCAAUUUCGGACCAUCUCCAUGACCACAAUCUCAAGUUUGGAAUGUACAGCAGUGCUGGUGAAAUGACUUGCGCGAGAUUCGCUGGGUCGCUCGACCACGAAAUUGAUGACGCAAAGAGCUUCGCUGGAUGGGGAGUAGACAUGCUGAAGUAUGACAGCUGCUAUCACAUGGGCCGCGUUGGUACUCCGUCGGUAUCAUUCAAUCGUUUCAAGACUAUGGCAGAUGCCUUGAAAGCGACGGGACGAAACAUCUUAUUCAACUUGUGUAAUUGGGGUGAAGACCUGGUUCAUACGUGGGGAAUGUCCAUCUCAAACUCUUGGCGCAUCACAGGCGAUAUCUAUGAUUCAUUUACACGCCCCGACGAUCUCUGCGGCUGCAAUACCGUGGCGCCAGGUGAUGUCAACUGUGUAGCACCUGGCACUCACUGCUCGGUACUGUUUAUUCUUAACAAGGUCGCGCCAUUUGCAGAUCGCAGCAUUCCUGGCGGUUGGAGUGACCUCGACAUGCUCGAAGUCGGACAGGGUGGUAUGACCGACGAAGAGUACAAAGCACACUUUGCGCUUUGGGCAGCUCUCAAAUCUCCAUUGUUCCUUGGCAACGACCUGCGUGAUAUGCCAGCUUCUGCGCUUACCAUUAUCAACAAUCCGGCUAUCAUCGCGCUGAGCCAGGACCCUCAUGGUAGAAGUGUAACGCGAGUCCGACGCGAUACCGAGGGUGUCGCCAAAGACGAAUGGGGCGUCGGCGAGACGCACGUAUGGGCUGGACAUUUGCACAAUGGCGACGAAGUUGUGAUUCUUCUAAAUGCUGGUGGAAAAGACACUGAGAUGAGUGUCUCACUUGCGGAGAUUUUCAUUCCCUAUGGACCUGGAGGCUCAGCACCACAUAACAAGUACGACUGGGACAUUCAUGAUCUUUGGGCGCACCGCAUGCCUGAGAAGACAGCUGAACAGAUCCUUGCGGCAAAGACAAGUUCAGAGAAGCAAGCAGUACUCUCAAAGUCGAAUUGGUACAACGCCACCGAAAUUCCUUACGCUACUGGUCUUGCGCAAGAAGAUCCACGACUAUUCGGCGAGAAGAUUGGCGUAGCCAAAGCCGGAGGGUUACUCAAAGCGGACGUAAAGAGUCACGCUGCGCGAGUCUUUCGACUGCGAAGGGUUGCAAAGAAAGGAGAUGCCUUCGAGGCGAAGAGCAUCUCAAGAGACGACGUCGACGUCGAGGAAAAGGAUGAGCUAUAG